GAAGAAUUUGGGAGUAUGCAGAUUUCUGUCUACUACUGGCAACAUGGCAUCUCGAAAGGAUAUCAGUCAAGAGACUGCCGAUCGAUUCGAUCAGCGGCACUACUCAGACUCUUCGCAAGACCUUCCCUCUCCAAAGGACAAAGCCCAGGUUCAUACACGCCCGUAUGAAGAUGCGACGGAUGCGACCCUUGAUAAUAAUCCCUUCGCAGACCCUGAGGUUGCGGAGCGCUAUGCUCUCAUUUAUGAGAAAGCGCAGUAUGAGUGUCGACAUCUCUUUGACCCUACACUUACGUGGACAGCGGAAGAGGAGAAAGCGCUCGUCCGGAAGUUGGACUGGAGGGUGUGUCUAUGGGCUUGCGUGAUGUUCUUUGGUCUUCAGGUUGACCGAGGAAACCUUGUACAAGCUGUGUCGGACAAUUUGCUGGAUGAUCUUGGUCUAACCACGAAUGACUACAAUACUGGAAACACCAUCUUUCUUGUCGCCUUCCUUCUAGCCGAGCUGCCAUCACAACUGGUGUCUAAGCAGAUUGGCCCCGAUCGCUGGAUUCCCACGCAGAUGACCAUAUGGUCAAUCGUUGCUGCUGCACAGGCUGCUUUAAGCGGGAAGAAAUCUUUCUAUGCAACGCGAGCAUUGUUGGGUAUACUCGAGGGUGGUUUCAUUCCCGACAUUGUCCUUUGGUUAUCCUACUUUUACACAAGCCGAGAGCUUCCAACCCGCUUGAGUAUUUUUUGGACUGCACUAUCUUUAACUACUAUUAUUACCUCGUUUCUCGCAUUCGGCAUCCUCCACAUGCGUGGUGUACAAGGCAUGGCUGGCUGGAGGUGGCUAUUCCUAAUCGAAGGUCUCAUCACUCUUCUUAUUGGUCUAAGCUCUUUCUUUCGCAUGCCUGCCUCUGCUGUCGACACCAAGAAAUGGUUCCGCCCGAAGGGCUGGUUCACAGACCGUGAAGUCAGCAUCGUGGUUAACCGGGUUCUGCGCGAUGACCCCUCUAAGGGAGACAUGCACAACCGGCAAGCCAUAACCCCGCGUCGCCUUUGGAACUCCCUCCGAGACUAUGACAUCUGGCCGAUCUACCUCCUGGGCCUAGUAGUUUAUAUCCCGCAGACACCAAUGACGUCCUACAUAACCCUGAUCCUCAAGGGCGUGGGGUUCGGCACCUUCACUACGAACCUUCUCACCAUCCCCUACAGCGUCGGCCACAUCAUCUGUCUAUUAUUGCUCACCCGUCUCAGUGACUGGCUUAAAGAGCGCUCCUUGGUAUCAAUGAUCCAAUCGAUAUGGACAUUACCCUGUGUAAUUGCUCUCCGGUUCUGGCCUGGUACAAUGACUAACGGCUGGGGGACGUAUGCUAUCGUGACCGUGCUACUCUGCUAUCCAUACUGCCACGCUAUCCUGGUGGGAUGGUGCUCGAAGAACUCUAACAACGUGGGAACACGGACAAUCUCAGCAGCACUCUAUAACAUGUGCGUGCAACUCGGCGCCAUCAUCGGCAACAACAUCUACCGGGCGGACGAUAAACCCAAAUACCAUCGCGGAAAUUCCGCUCUUAUAGGAAUCAAUAUUCUGGCUAUAUUGCUUUUUAUUGGCACGAAGAUAUACUAUAUUUAUAGAAACAAACACAGGGAGCGCGUGUGGAACGCAAUGACCGAAGAGGAACGGCAGGAUUAUCUGCAGAAUACGACGGACACAGGAAGUAAGAGGUUGGAUUUCCGCUUUGCGCACUAG